GAUCGUAUAAAAUGUUUUCAUUUAAUUGAGACUUUUUUUCCCUCAUUUUCUCUGACGGCCUCCAGCAGGGGGCGCUGAAGCCCCGAGAGUCCGCUUGCUAACAAAUAGCAGCUCGGUGGCUAACUUCCGGUUAGCCUCCUGCUAGCAGCUGUGCUGUGUCCGGGUUCUGCUGCGGUUCUGUUGCGGUUCUGCGCAGCAACAAUGUGUUCCGUUGAGCCUCUGAGGGAGUUUAUCAGAGAGAGACUAACUGCUGCUGCUGAAGAAAUCUUCACCCAGCUGGAAAAAACCAUCGUCCGGUACGAGGAGGAGAUCGACCGGCAGCGGAGGCUGCUGGACCUCAGCUGGACCCGAACCGAGCAGAACCCCGCAGGACUACCAGGUUGUGAUGCCUGUGAGGAGAAAGACGUCCAAACGGGUCAACAGUCUUCAGAACAACAGACUGACUCCAGUUUGGACCAGGAGAAACCAGAACAAUGGCAGAGGAAGAACGACCAAAAAGACUCUGAUCCCCUUCAGAUGAAAACUGAAUCGAAGGAACCAGAACUUCUGCAGUUGAAGGAGGAAGACGGUGAAAUCUGGAUCAGUCGGGUUGAAGAGCAGCUGGUUCUGAAUCAGCAGACUGAUUCUGUCAUGAGGGACGCAGAACCAGACGGAGGCCAGAGCUCGUCUCAGAGCUCGUCUCAGCGCUCGUCUCAGAGCUCGUCUCAGCGCUCGUCUCAGAGCUCGUCUCAGAGCUCGUCUCAGAGCUAUCAUGAAGCUCAGAACCUAAACCAGAACCUGAUCAACGACAAAGAUAAAAGUAGAGAUCAAGUUUUGAAACAAAAUAAUGGUGAUAAAACCAAACUAAAGAGGCACAGAGUUGAAAAAAGGGCUUUUUGCAAGAUUUGUGGUAAAAGUUUCAACCAGUGCUACUUAUAUGACCACAUAAGAACUCACACAGGAGAGAAACGUUUCUCCUGUAAAACCUGUGGAAAGAGUUUCAUUCAAAGUUAUCAGUGUACUGUUCACAUGAGAACUCACACCGGAGAAAGACCUUAUUUGUGUCAGACAUGUGGGAAAAGCUUCAUCCAAAAAAAUAACUUAGUUACUCACAUGAGAAUUCACUCAGGUGGGGCACACCAUCCAUGUGAAAUUUGUGGGAAAGAUUUCUCUCGCAACGAUCUGUUAGCCUCGCACAUGAGCACUCACACAGGUAUCAAACCUUUCCCAUGUCAGACCUGCAAAAAGGACUUUAGUCGGAAAAUUUAUUUAACUCGUCACCUGAGAACGCACACAGGUGAGAAACCGUUUGAGUGUCAGGUCUGUGGGAAAUGUUUUAUCCAAAAAGAUAAUUUAAUUACUCACACAAGAACUCACACAGGUGAGAAGCCGUACUCUUGUGAGACAUGUGGAAAAAGUUUCAGUGACAGGAGUAAUUUAAAGCAUCACAUGAGAACUCACACAGGGGAGAGGCCUUUCUCAUGUCAUAUCUGCGGGAAACGUUUUAUUCAGAAGAAUAAUGUUGUAACUCACAUGAAGGUUCACGCAGGUGAGAAACGCUUCCCCUGUGAGGUCUGCGGUCUGUGUUUCUCUCGCAGUGCUAAUCUGACUCGUCACAUGGCCGCUCACUCAGAGGAGAAACCUUUCUCAUGUCAGCCGUCUGGAUGAAGCUUCAGCCAGGUUUGUCAUUUCAAAUUCAAUGUUGAUGUUCAUAAAUGCUGGGAGAUGUAAUUUAUUUGCUCUGAUGACAAUGAAAUAGUUGAGAAGUUAAAGUUCAGGAACUUUAACUUCUAUAGCCUGAUUGUCCUAAAACUCCAGUGUUAAAGGUGAAUAUUUAACCAAUAUAUUUAUGUUUCAAUAUGUACUUAAAUGGCAAUAAAAUUGUUCAUCUGGCAUCUUC